CUAGGCAGUAUGGUCGUAAGACUAUAGCCUGUCCUCUAAGGACGAAGAAAAAAAAAUUGCUGACAAAUGAUGAGAUUUUCAAGUUUAAAUUUUACUGUCUCAAUUAUUUUUAUUUACAAAAAAAAUACCUAUACUUAAAUACCCGGGAACAUCAUGUAUCAUUGUGGAAUGCGACAAGUCGGUGAAAGGCAUGUUCCCUUUCAAGUUGAUCUCAUGGUCUGGAGUAAUAGGCUUGAUUUAUUAGCUCUGAGCAACUUUAAAGGUGAAGUUCAAGUGCACAGACUUCAUUGGCAGAAAGUAUGGAACUUACCACCGCCGAAAGAAAAUAUUUCUGUUCAGGCAAUGGCAUGGAGACCAGAUGGAAAGGCUUUAGCCAUUGGUUACAGCACAGGAACAGUUUAUGUUGUUGAUAUUGAAGAUAAAGAAGUUAUAGAUCAAUAUGAAUUGGAGCAAGAGAAAAUAAAUUGUGAUGAUUUUGAUUCAUUAAAAAGUAAUGGCAUUACAUGUAUUACAUGGGCUGUUAGAUCUGAAAUUUUGGAGAGUGCAACAGAAUACAAUUUAUAUGAUGAUGCUUCUAUAUUUCUUCAGAAAAUACCUCAAAAUGGGACAUAUAAAAAUCAUAUUUCAAAUGACUGUGCCAAAGAUUUUAAGGAGGUGAAGGAGCCAACCCAAUUAAAUAUGUUGUUAAUUGGAUAUGCUACAGGAUACAUUUACAUAACCAUAUUUGGUAGAUACCCAUAUGGCACUCUAAAUCUUUCUCAUAUGAUCAAUGAUGUUGGAGAGCAUAAAAUCUUAGACAUCAAUAUAUCUGAUGACUUUAGUAUCAUGCAAGUACUUUAUUUGGAUAAAUUGACAAACAAUAUUCUUUUAUCAUUUAUAAACACAAGUGUGCUGUCUGCAUAUGCAGAGGAAUUUUUCACAGUUGCCAAAAAACAUGGUCAAAUAACACAAUUAAUGUCAAAUCUUGACCAAACCAUGACUUCAAUAACAGAAGCGUGGGAACACAUCCUACUAGAAAUGGAUGCAAAAAUGGCGUAUUAUGCUGCAGCGGUUCCUGAUGGUGGUGUGUCAGCUGAUUUGUUGGAGCUACACAUGUUAGGGUCACCAUCAGAUGAGUUUAAAAUAUAUCUGCUACAAAAAUUAAAAACCUAUGAAUUAAAGAAAUUUGGUGCUGCAGUUGAAAUGAGUUAUUCAACCAUUCAAAAAUUAGUGUUAAAGCAAUUAAAUAUAGUUGGGCAGAGCUUGACAUAUCAUUUGGCUGAAUUAAGAGGCUUAACAAGGAUACCUGACCGGUAUAGGAUUAUUGGUAUUGAAGAAAGUUCUGUGUCUGACGGCAUAAGAGCAUGUUGUGCUUUCUUAAACAAAUGCUUAGAAUUACAGCAAGUUAUUGAUGUCUCAAUGCGCAAUUAUAAAGCUUUCUUCCGCUGGCUUUUUGUUCUUAUGAUAAGAUUAAAUGAUGAAAUAAACUACAGUGAUCUUACUACCAUCAGUCAGCAAGAAUUGAGUCAUAUUGCAGAAUUUUUGUGUAAUUUUGACAAUGUUCAACAAGAUAGUACAGAUCCAAAUCAAGAAAAACAAGUGAGGUUCAAUUUGGAGAGACUGGGACAGUACCUACAAGACCAAGAAUUAACUAUACUACCGGAUGACGACGAAAAUCCUUGGCACAAAUUUCUAGCAGAAAAUCCAUGUUUGCUCAAAGACAAUGAUACAUUUUUUUCGAUGACUAAAUAUCGAAAAUAUUCUUUAAUUCAACAACAAAAAAAUUUAAAAGAUACAAUAAACAAAGUCUUUGAUAUAUCACAGAAAGAUACAGCUAAAUAUUUUUCUGUACUCUACAAUGUAAGAUGUUAUCAAGAUCAAGUUAAUGGUGAUAUUAGUAAUAAUUUAAGAUUAUCGCAAACUUUUGAUUCUUCAGAAAAAAAGUUUUUAGUAGCAUUUAUGAAUGCCAAUAAUGCCAAAAAUAAUAUAUAUUUCAUGUCUGUAGAUGUGAAAGAGAGGGCAUGUUUUGCUGUUGCUAUGAAUUAUCAUAUUUCAUCAAGUUUAAUACAAGAUAAUAGUGGCGAAAUAGGCCAGCAACAUGUGGAGAUAUUAGACUUGCAAUUCUAUUCAGCUGAAUACUUGUCUGUUCUCAUAAAUCAUCCAUAUAAUGCUGAGAGCUCAGUAUUUAUUCAGAUUCCUAUAAAAAUUCUUUUGGAACACUCAAAUGAAUUCAAUAUGAAAUCAAAGUCUUGUUUAUUCAACACUAAGACUUGUGAAAAAGAUCUGGCACCUUUAUUAGAUCAAAGUGUUUAUAAAAUCUUAGAUAAAAUGAAUGGUUUUCGUUUAGCCGUGUCUGGGGGUAGAAAAGUGGCAAUUGUUUUAUCUAAAAGUCAUAGAAAAGUAAAAGUAUUUGAAAUGGAAGUGGAUGGUGAUGAUGACGAAGAUGAGACUCUUGACACUACACCACAAUCCAUGGCUAAUAGUCAAGACUCACCCUCUAAGACAAAUGCAACCACGGAAGAUAUCACCUUCUGAUUGUAAUAUGUAUAAAAGAAUUAGAAUUAAAGAAUACUUAUAACAAAA